AUGAGUUGGCCGGAGGGCGUGCGGCGCGGUGUCCGCCUGCGCUACCGCAGAGUCUCGGCGCUCGACGUCGACGACACGGUAUCGUGUUUUUGCAGGAAGGGGAGGCGUAAAGAGCGCGAGGGCGAAGGCGACCCGAAGCUGUACCUGCAGGAGGCGCUGCUCGAGCGUCAGCUGCCCGAGCUGGACCUGAGGCAGCUCGUGGAGCUGCCGCGCGGCCUCGACCUCAACGAGUGGCUGGCCUCGCACACGCUGCCGCUGUUCGAGCACGUCAACCUGCUGUACGGCACCGUGUCGGAGUUCUGCACGGCGGCCGGCUGCGGCGAUAUGGCCGGGCCGGGCGGCCGCGUCUACGCCUGGUACGACGAGCGCGGCAAGAAAACGCGGCUGGCGGCGCCGCAGUACGUCGACUGCGUGAUGACGUUCGUGCAGCGGACCAUCCACGACGAGGCCGUGUUCCCCACCAAGUACGCCAACGAGUUCCCGCCCGGCUUCGACGCGGUUCUGCGACGCGUGCUGCGCCUGCUGUACCACGUGCUGGCGCACCUCUACGCCGCGCACUUCCGCCACCUGGCGCUGCUGCGCCUGCACAAGCACCUGCACCUGACCUUCGCGCACCUCACCGCGCUCGACCGCCGCUACGCGCUGCUCGACCACAAGGAGACCGAGGUGCUGCGCGACCUGGAAGUGGCCCUGCGCCUGACGGAGCCCGACGAGGCUUCGCCGAGGCGCCGUUCGCCGGUCGUCACGCAGCCCUUGGCCUCGGCGUGA